ACUUUUUACUGUCCUUACCAAAAACGUGCGUUGUGGACGGCGUGUGACCUGUACAGCAGCUGUAAAGAUCAUUAUAGCUGGAUACUUCAUUCAGCUGACACGUCAGCGUGGUACAGCAGUUGUAAAUGGAGUUAGGCUGUCAAAAUUCCCAAUAAUUCGUCCUGGUUUCAAAAUUACCAAUCCCAGUUGGAGUUGGCUGAUUUUCACUACAGAUAUUGGAAUGUCCGUGAGUUGGAACUUUUGGUCGUACGUAAAAGUCACCGUUUCUGGAAAAUACAAAGGAAUGAUGUGCAACACAUCUUUAUGUGGCAAUAACAAUGGUCGUCAAGACGACGACCAUUACUACAGUAGAAAAUGUGCUCCAUCACCAAUACCAUGUAUCCCUGAUUCUAAAAAGAAAGCUGUGAUUGAUAAAUGUCACUUGAUGAGCGAUCCUAGCUCUCCAUUCCACGGAGCAUGCAACCGUUAUGUAGAUCCAGCAGCCUUGAUCAGUAAUUGUAAAUAUGACGCAUGUCGUUGCACCGAUCCAAUGGAAUGUGUUUGUAACGCUUUUGCUGCUUACAGUAAACUUUGUGUUGAAUAUGGUGGUCUUAUUGACUGGAGAUUCAAUGGAACUUAUUUGUAUCCAAAACUCAAAGAAUGUGAGCAAACAUGCAGUAACAAAGGAGAAAUUUUCACAGAAUGUGGAUCUGCUUGUGCAAAAACAUGUCGCGAUAUAUCACGUGGUAUAAAAUGCAGUGAAACCUGUAUUCCCGGAUGUCAUUGUCCAAAAGGAUCUUACUUGGACGACAAGAAUCAUUGUGUUCCUAUGAAGAACUGCUCAUGUUUCUUUGAAGGAAAAUAUUAUAAAGCAGGCGAAAAUGUCAAAGUUGGACGUUGUAAAACCUGUACGUGUAAUAUGGGAGCCAUGGCUUGUGUUGAAGAUCGAAACUGUUCUUCUAAAGGUCCUUGUGAGUCUUUCCCGUGUAAAAAUGAUGGUGUUUGUACGGAGAAAGGAAAUAUUUUCACUUGUAUUUGUACCAAGGAAUAUCAAGGAAAAACAUGUGAAGUUCCAGUACCGAAACCGUGUGACUUGCGUCCUUGUAAAAACAACGGUAUUUGUACAAACAACGGAAGUACAUUCUCGUGUGAAUGUGCUGAUGGUUUUAAAGGCGAAACCUGUGAAGUUGGAGUUUGUGAUCAUGGUCCUUGCAAAAAUGGUGGCUCUUGUCUUGUUGAUGGCAAUUCAUACAAAUGUAUUUGUCUUCCUGACUUCAUUGGUGCUCACUGCGAAAAAGAGGUUCCAAAUCCCUGCAAGCCAAAUCCAUGCAAAAAUGGUGGACAAUGCAACGUAUUGGGCAACAUUUACACCUGUAAAUGCAAGCCUGCGUUUGGUGGUAACAAUUGCGAACAUUCUCAAACAACAUGUUCGGCGUCUGGUGAUCCUCAUUACACCUCAUUUGAUGGCAAAAGAUUUGAUUUCAUGGGAGAUUGCGAAUACGAGUUUUCAAAAGACUGUAGCAAAAACAAACUUUUUACUGUCCUUACCAAAAACGUGCGUUGUGGACGGCGUGUGACCUGUACAGCAGCUGUAAAGAUCAUUAUAGCUGGAUACUUCAUUCAGCUGACACGUCAGCGUGGUACAGCAGUUGUAAAUGGAGUUAGGCUGUCAAAAUUCCCAAUAAUUCGUCCUGGAUUCAAAAUUACCAAUCCCAGUUGGAGUUGGCUGAUUUUCACUACAGAUAUUGGAAUGUCCGUGAGUUGGAACUUUUGGUCGUACGUAAAAGUCACCGUUUCUGGAAAAUACAAAGGAAUGAUGUGCAACACAUCUUUAUGUGGCAACAACAAUGGUCGUCAAGACGACGACCAUUACUACAGUAGAAAAUGUGCUCCAUCACCAACACCAUGUAUCCCUGAUUCCAAAAAAAAAGUUGUGAUAAAUAAAUGUCAUUUGAUGAGCGAUCCUAGCUCUCCAUUCCACGGUGCAUGUAACCGUUAUGUAGAUCCAGCAAAUUUGAUCAGUAAUUGUAAAUAUGACGCAUGUCGUUGCACCGAUCCAAUGGAAUGUGUUUGUAACGCUUUUGCUGCUUACAGUAAACUUUGUGUUGAAUAUGGUGGUUUUAUUGACUGGAGAUUUAAGGGAACUUAUUUGUAUCCAAAACUCAAAGAAUGUGAGCAAACAUGCAGUAACAAAGGAGAAAUUUUCACCGAAUGUGGAUCUGCUUGUGCAAAAACAUGUCGUGAUAUAUCACGUGGUAUAAAAUGCAGUGAAACCUGCAUUCCCGGAUGUCAUUGUCCCAAAGGAUCUUACUUGGACGACAAGAAUCAUUGUGUUCCUAUGAAAAACUGCUCAUGUUUCUUUGAAGGAAAAUAUUAUAAAGCAGGGGAAAAUGUCAAAGUUGGACGAUGUAAAACCUGUACGUGUAAUAUGGGAGCUAUGGCUUGUGUUGACGACCGAAACUGCUCCUCUAAGGGUCCUUGUGAGUCUUUCCCGUGUAAAAAUGAUGGUGUUUGUAUUGAGGAAGGAAAUAAGUUCACUUGUAUUUGUACCAAGGAAUAUCAAGGAAAAACUUGUGAAGAGUUAAAGCCAACACCGUGUGACUCAGGUCCUUGUAAAAACAACGGUACUUGUACAAACAAAGGCGAUAACUUCACAUGUGAAUGUGCUGAUGGUUUCGAAGGCAAAACUUGUGAAGUCAUGAACGCUUGUGCCAAAGAACCAUGUAAGAAUGACGGUGUUUGUGCAAGUAAUGGAUCUUCUUAUCAAUGUGAAUGUAAAUUUGGUUUCAUAGGAAAGAAUUGCCAAUAUAUGGAUGCUUGUGCUAAAGAACCAUGUCAAAAUAAUGGUACUUGUACAAGUGUUGGGUCUUCCUAUCAAUGCAACUGUACAUCUGGUUUCAAUGGAAAGAAUUGUGAGGUUAUGAUCAUUUCAUCGUAUAAAGAGUGCAGACAGUAUCAAUUGUUGAACGAGAGUACCAGAAAUGUUGAAUAUCGUCAUGGUGGAAGUUUACAAUGUGACUUUCAUCUCACAAAAGGAUGGUACAGAUUUAGUGGUGGAGCUGGAACCAAAAUGCCUGAAUCUUGCGUUCCAAAAAAUCGAUGUGGUACGCAUGCCUCUGGAUGGUUAAAUGGAACUCAUCCCACUGUGGAUGAAGGAAUAGUGACAAGAAAAGUCUGCUAUCAUUGGGUGAGAAUGUGCUGCGAUUGGUCCAAUCAUAUUAAGGUCAUCAACUGCGGUCCGUAUUUUAUUUACAAAUUAGUCCCGACUUUUGGUUGCUAUUUCAGGUAUUGUGGCACAGACUAAAACACAGAAAUUUUGUUGGACACAGAAAUUUUGUAGUCGUACUGAGCUUAUUUUUAUCCUUUAAAGUGCACCAAUAUUAUGAUUUAUAGAAUUUACGUUAAAUCUACAUAUCUUUGUGAAAUUUAGUUCUUGUAUUUUGAUUAAUUGCACGUUAGACCAUUAAUGUUUUGGCAUAAAAUGUAUUGUUGUGGAGCAACAACAGUUUA